GAGCUUGAGGAAUGAGUUACGAGGCCCACGCCAGAACCUGCCGGAUUGGUAUACUAACAUGACAGAAGGAGCAAAAGCAAUCCACAGCACCAACCCAGAUGUGCUUGUGCUAGUUUCAGGCUUGAAUUUCGACUUGGACCUCAGCUUCUUGAACACCACACCAUUCGGACUGACACUAGACAACAAGGUGGUGUAUGAGGCGCACUGGUACUCCUUCGACUUCACCCAGCAAUGGCAGACUCAGCCCCUGAACCGGGUUUGCCGCCAGUGCGCAGAUGAGUUCCAGAGGGAAGCAGCUUUCCUUAUCACCGGCGAUAACGCGGCUCCUCUUAUUCUCAGCGAGUUUGGCGUUGAUGUAAGGGGAGUAAACCAGGAUGAUAACCGAUACUUCAACUGCUUGCUUCCCACUGUUGCUGACAAGGACUUGGACUGGGCGCUGUGGACUCUGCAAGGCAGCUAUUAUUACAGAGAGGGGAUGGCCGGGCCUGAAGAGGUAUACUCUGUCCUGGAUUACAACUGGGACAAGCCCCGAGAUCCAAAAUAUCUAGAGAGAUUGACCAUCCUCCAACAAACUAUCCAAGAUCCAAACUCGAAUGCUUUAUCAUACUACGUACUUGUACACCCCGAAAGUGGGUUUUGCGUGAAUGUUGAAGGACAGGACAACGUUCAUGGAAGCAGCUGCCGAGAGCGGAGUAAAUGGAGUCACAGCGGAGAUGGGUCGCCGAUUCAGCUGGUGGGUAGUGAGCUGUGCCUGAAGGCUGUUGGUGAUGGAGUUCCCGUGGCACUUUCUACUGAUUGUGAGAGCCCAUGGGCAACUUGGAAACUGGUUUCAGACUCAAUGCUUCACAUAGCUGCUAUGGAUGAACAAGGGAACUCGCUGUGUUUAGAAUCCACAAGUUCAAACUACUCUUCAAUUCUGACAAGGAGUUGUGCUUGUUUAAAUAAUGAGACUAACUGUGAUCCUCAGAGCCAGUGGUUUAGGCUUGUUCCUUCCAAUUUAUCCUAGUUUAUAUUCCUGGGAAAAAUAUUGGAUUCAUGUAAUAAUUAUAGAGGAAGA